CGCGCAGUAUGACUUUUUUUUCCCAAAAAUGUUUGGGUUUUUUUUUUUCUCUCUAGAUGGUACCAAUUUUAUGUUGUGAUAUCUGGAUUUUGUUCUUGUAAGGAAGUGUCGUCUAUCGUUGCUGUUAUUUUGGGCUUGUCGGCGCUUUGUCCAGCCCCCACGAAGACGAGGCCCCUCCCCGUCUUGCUGAAAGUCCGCCCAAGCCCCGCCCAGGUCCCUCCCGGUUGGGUUCCCUCCCUCGCUGUCCUCCUCGCGAGUGUCUCGGAGAUGAGGAGAGAAGUUCGGCCGCGGCGCACCGCCACGCUCCGCACCACAGUCGCUGCCGUCUUCGGUUGAAGUGCAACGGAUCGGGGUGGGGGUUGGGGGGGGGGGGACGACGACGAAAAAAAAAAAAAAAAGCACCAGAGGAGGAGCUUCCUUCCGAAGGAAUAACAUCUCAGCCACCUGAUAACUUUUUGGGAUGAACAAAGCAGAAAAGGAAAACGAGCCGAGUGAAUUCAGCGGCAGCCAUGAAGAAGAGGUCCGAACACUCUUUGUCAGCGGGCUGCCACUGGAUAUCAAGCCCCGGGAGCUCUACCUCCUCUUCAGACCAUUUAAGGGCUACGAAGGUUCCUUGAUAAAGUUAACCUCCAAACAGCCGGUGGGCUUUGUCAGCUUUGACAGUCGAUCAGAGGCGGAGGCUGCUAAGAAUGCCUUGAACGGGGUGCGAUUUGAUCCCGAGAUCCCGCAGACCCUCCGGCUGGAGUUUGCCAAGGCCAACACCAAGAUGGCCAAGAACAAGCUGGUGGGCACUCCCAACCCCCCUCCGUCCCAGCAGAGCCCGGGCCCGCAGUUCAUUAGCAGAGACCCAUAUGAGCUCACAGUGCCCGCUCUCUAUCCCAGCAGCCCAGACGUGUGGGCGUCAUACCCGCUGUACCCGGCGGAGCUGUCGCCGGCCCUCCCUCCCGCUUUCACCUACCCCUCCUCGCUCCACGCUCAGAUCCGCUGGCUCCCACCUGCAGAUGGAAGUCCUCAGGGAUGGAAGUCAAGGCAGUUCUGCUGAAGUACGUGUUCCUGAUGUGUGAUGGUGGCCCCGGCCGGCUGUGACGGGCGUCGCUGACUGCCUCUCCGCUCCGGGUUGACCCCCCCCUCGAACCCCCCAUCCCCCACUUUCUCCCGGAGGACUGACUCCGGCUGCGGUAGCAGCGAGCCGUCGGUAAGCGUAUAGCUAGCGUCCGCUGAUGCUAACGGACAACGACAAAAGGUGUAAAGCUCACACCUUCCCCCCCCCCCACUUCUUCUCUGGCCUCGGGCUUCCUUCACUUUGUGGCGGCGUGGUCUGUUGUGGCGCACUUUGAUUUGGAGCCCGAGUGCCAACAAUUUCAAAGUCCGUCAACAGUGGCUGAUGUCGGAAAUUUGAGCAAACUUUUUGGAAAAAAUGGGCCCUGUAAUUCGCCUGACAAAAAGUACCUUAAUUGUGCCCCCCCCACCCCCCCCACCUCCCCCCACUCCCAGUUGCGUCAAGAAAAAGUUCUGAAUGUAUUUGUAGUGUAAUCAGAAACCAUCAGUAACAUUCCAAGAAUGAAGUCUUGUCAUUCCCAGAAAGUGGUUGUUCGCUUAACGGGGCAAAAUAUUACAACAGUGCAAAAGGUUAUCAGAAUUUUUUUUAUUUUUAUCAAAUUGUAAAGAGGAAUAAAGUUCCAAGUUCAUAUGGGAAAUGUUGCCUUACAUUUUUUUUGUAACUGUUAAACAAUAAUUGAUUUUUAGAAAUGGAAAAAAAAUGUUCCCCGACGUUUAAGGUUUUCUGGGCUCUCGGUCAGGAGCUGAGGGUCAUCGCGUCGCAGCUUCCUCCGCGUGCAUUUCUGUGUGUGUGGUUACUAUAGCAACCUUACAGCAUCUUUUUCUUUUGUUUUUUGUUUUUUUCUUUCACCCCGUCUCUCACAGGCCUCAGGACACACCAGACAUCCGCCUCCAUCACACAUCGAGAAUCCGCCCCUUGCCCUCUAUUUUAUUUUAUUUUUUUUCCCAAUA